UCCUAGACAGAGAAGAAGCUCAAAUGUCUGCAGCGCAGGUUGACCCUCACGACAAAAUGAGGGCGAGGGAUGUGAACAAAGUUGCGCGAGGUGAGCAAGCUCCAAGACCCGCUCAUCAAUACGGCACCGUUUCUCCUCCUCCUUCACCCCACACUACUGACGAUACCAAGAACAAAAUCAAGGAGGAAAAGUCAGGGAUAGCAGAAAACGGUGCCGAAUCAGCCAAGAGCACUGAUUAUAAAAUUUGUUUUGUAAAAUAUGUGGAGUAUCACAGAUGCAUUCAACAAGAAGGCGAAAAGGCAUCAGAAUGCCAGAAACUAAGCACAUAUUUUAGGUCCUUCUGUCCAACUGAAUGGAUAACAAAAUGGGAUAAAGAGAGAGAAGAGGGAAAGUUCCCUGCACAAAUCUAGCCAUGAGCAUAUCUCUCUUUUGUUAGGGAAAAGUUGAUAAUUCACCUUUGGCAAAUAAGUCAGAUGACAAUGAAUCUUCUUUCUGUGUUGUGUUUUCGUUUUCUUUCUCUCAAUAUAACAUGUCAUUACAUUACCGAUG